GGUUUGACCUAACUAACCUUAACACCGCAUCCCCAAUAUAUCAUCGACGCAUGAUACAACAACACGUAACCCUCCACCAAAACCCUUAUUAUAAUAUAACACACACAUAUAUAUUCUUCUCGAACACCCCAGAUCUUCAAACCCUUGUUCCAUCUCUCUAGGAUCAAGAAGAAAGAAGAUGGUGUCUGAUGCAAGCAAAAAGAAGGCUGCCCAGAAGAAGGCAGCUGCGGCAGCCAAAAGGGGUGGCAAAUCUGUUGCUGCUGCUAUUGCCAAGGUUUCCAGCAGUACUAGUACCGAUAAUUUGAGUAGUAGGGUUGAAAAUCUUCAGAUUUCUGAUCGGACCUGUACUGGGGUUCUCUGUUCUCACCCUCUUUCCAGAGAUAUUCGUAUAGAGUCGCUGUCUCUGACCUUUCAUGGACAUGAUCUUAUUGUUGAUUCUGAGCUGGAGCUUAAUUAUGGCAGACGAUAUGGUUUGCUCGGACUUAAUGGCUGCGGAAAAUCUACUCUACUUACAGCUAUAGGGCGCCGAGAACUUCCGAUUCCUGAUCACAUGGAUAUUUUUCAUCUCACGAGGGAGAUUGAAGCAUCUGAUAUGUCUUCACUCCAGGCUGUGAUAAAUUGUGAUGAAGAGAAGAUUAAACUGGAGAAAGAAGCUGAAGUUUUGGCCGCUCAGGAUGAUGGUGGAGGAGAAGCUCUUGAGCGCAUAUAUGAGCGUUUGGAUGCAAUGGAUGCAGCAACUGCUGAGAAACGUGCUGCUGAAAUAUUAUUUGGUCUUGGUUUUACCAAAGAGAUGCAAGCGAAGAAAACCCGGGACUUUUCUGGUGGAUGGAGAAUGAGGAUUGCUUUAGCACGUGCCCUGUUUAUGAACCCGACUAUCUUGUUGCUUGACGAGCCUACUAAUCAUCUUGAUUUAGAAGCUUGUGUGUGGCUGGAAGAGAUGCUGAAGAAAUUCGAGCGUAUCUUGGUGGUUGUUUCUCACUCCCAGGACUUUCUAAAUGGUGUCUGCACAAAUAUCAUACACAUGCAGAGCAGACAGUUGAAAAUGUAUACAGGAAACUUUGACCAAUAUGUUCAAACCCGUUCAGAACUCGAGGAGAACCAGAUGAAGCAGUACAAGUGGGAGCAGGAUCAGAUUGCUAAUAUGAAAGAGUACAUUGCUCGAUUUGGGCAUGGUUCAGCUAAAUUAGCUCGCCAGGCACAGAGCAAAGAAAAAACUUUAGCAAAAAUGGAGCGUGGUGGCCUCACGCAGAAAGUGGUCAGGGACCAUGUUCUGGUUUUCCGAUUCGUUGAUGUAGGGAAACUUCCACCACCAGUGUUGCAGUUUGUGGAAGUUUCGUUUGGCUAUACCCCAGAUAACCUCAUCUACAAGAACAUUGAGUUUGGUGUCGAUCUUGACUCAAGGAUCGCAUUGGUUGGACCCAAUGGUGCUGGGAAGAGUACAUUGCUGAAGCUGAUGACAGGGGAUCUGGUUCCCAACGAGGGCAUGGUACGUCGGCACAAUCACUUGCGCAUUGCCCAAUUCCAUCAACACUUGACAGAGAAACUUGACAUGGAAAUGUCGGCUCUCCAGUUCAUGAUAAGUGAGUACCCUGGAAAUGAGGAAGAGAAGAUGAGGGCAGCCAUUGGGAGGUUUGGGCUAACUGGGAAAGCUCAAGUAAUGCCAAUGAAGAACUUGUCAGAUGGGCAAAGAAGUCGUGUGAUUUUUGCCUGGUUAGCGUACAGGCAGCCCCAGAUGUUGCUCCUGGACGAGCCAACUAACCAUUUGGACAUUGAGACUAUAGACUCGCUUGCUGAGGCAUUGAAGGAGUGGGAUGGAGGCUUGGUUCUCGUAAGCCAUGACUUCAGGCUUAUAAACCAAGUGGCAAAAGAAAUCUGGGUGUGUGAAAAUCAAGCUGUGACCCCCUGGUCUGGUGAUAUCAUGGGUUUCAAAGCACACUUAAAAAAACAAGCUGGUCUAUAAAUUGGAAGGGUCAGAUAUGUUUUGAUUUACAUAUAUUAAUAUAUUCUUUGUUGAGGUAAUUGUACUAGGCUUGCAGUUAUGAAAUCGCAUUUUCGGAGUUCGGAGUAAUACGCUUGUAUGUUCUCUCACAUGGAUGAUGAUGAAAGCCGGAGGAACAGCGAGAUUCUUCAAUACCAUUACAAUAUUAUUUUAAAUGUGAGGUUUGUACUGCUAUCGGUAUUUUUCAGCUGAUAUAGUAGUAGCUCAGUUUACAUUUAGCUUUGUGUUGGAACUAUUUUUGCAUUUAGUCUUGGUUUGAGCCCAGAAAUAUACUUGAGGUGGAUGUGAAAGCUAUCUAUUUGAUCAUUUAUAUUAUGAAUCAUCUAUUCUUGCCAA